AUGUGCCUACAGCAGCAGCCGCCGCCAGAGCCUGCAGCACCAGCCGCCGCCAGAGUCUACAGCAGCAGCCGCCGCCAGAGUCUGCAGCAGCAGCCGCCGCCAGACCUGCAGCAGCUGCCGCCACCGACCCAGCAGCAGCAGCCGCCGCUCUAUCAACAGCAGCAGCCGCCGCCGCUCUACCGCAGCAGCUACCGCCGCCCAGCUGCAGGUGCCGCCCCUGGACCCCAGAAGCCGCCCCUGGACCCGGUACGCCUUGUGCUGCCCGUGCCUGUGCUGCCCGUGCCUGUGCUGCCCGUGCCUGUUGCUGCCCGUGCCUGUGCUGCCCGUGCCUGUGCUGCCCGUGCCUGUGCUGCCCGUGCCUGUGCUGCCUGUGCCUGUUGCUGCCCGUGCCUGUUGCUGCCCGUGCCUGUGCUGCCCGUGCCUGUGCUGCCCGUGCCUGUGCUGCCCGUGCCUGUGCUGCCCGUGCCUGUGCUGCCCGUGCCUGUUGCUGCCCGUGCCUGUGCUGCCCGUGCCUGUUGCUGCCCGUGCCUGUGCUGCCCGUGCCUGUGCUGCCCGUGCCUGUGCUGCCCGUGCCUGUGCUGCCCGUGCCUAUUGCUGCCCGUGCCUGUGCUGCCCGUGCCUGUGCUGCCCGUGCCUGUGCUGCCCGUGCCUGUGCUGCCCGUGCCUGUUGCUGCCCGUGCCUGUGCUGCCCGUGCCUGUUGCUGCCCGUGCCUGUGCUGCCCGUGCCUGUGCUGCCCGUGCCUGUGCUGCCCGUGCCCGUGCUGCCCGUGCCUCUUGCUGCCCGUGCCUGUGCUGCCCGUGCCUGUGCUGCCCGUGCCUGUGCUGCCCGUGCCUGUGCUGCCUGUGCCUGUUGCUGCCCGUGCCUGUGCUGCCCGUGCCUGUGCUGCCCGUGCCUGUGCUGCCCGUGCCUGUUGCUGCCCGUGUCUCGUGCUUGCGCCCCCCUGUCACUGA